AAACCAAGCUUACCUCUAUGAAACUUUUACAGCCAAAUCAAAGGGUGAAGAAGCCAUGGUUAUGAAGGAGGCUAAAGCUGAAGCAAAACUUGGGGUUGAAAUUGAAACCAUUUGGAAAGCAUUGGCUAAAGACUUGAGAUUUAUCAUUCCACAGCUCAUGCCCGACACCGUUGAAAAAAUUGAGCUCCUUCAUGGAGAUGGCGGCGUUGGCUCUAUCUUGCUCUUCCAUCUUGUUCAUAAGGAGGAGGCGAUGAGGAGCCAGAAGGAAAGGAUUGUGGAAGUUGAUGAAACAAAGCAUGAACUUGUGAUACAAGUGUUGGAAGGGAAUGUAUUGAAAAGAGGGUUUUCUUCUUUCAAGACAACGUUUAAGCUGUCCCCUCUGAGUGAAAAGGAAAGCCUUGUGGAUAUCAAAGUUGCUUAUGAGACUGAAAAAGAUGGAGAAGGUGAACAAGCUCGCAUGGACGCAAUUGCAACUGCCCCACCUCUUUAUUUUCUUCAACUCUUGGAAAACUUUCUUCCUACCUCAAAUACUUAAAACCACUCCCCUCUUCUACGUCUCA